UUACAAUUUUAUAUAACAUUUGUAAAGCUUGCAUGUGUUGCGUAUUCUCGUGUGGUUUAGCUGCAAUUCCUAAGGUUCGUGUGUCAUAUCUCUACAGUCACUUGGGGGCAGAAAUGAGCAUGUUGUUUUUGACAUUUUCUUUCCCGGAGAUCUUAUAUUAGCAGUCCGGCUGCAGUAAGGACGCAGACUUUGUUACAGUAGAUCUGAGGUUGGGCCUAAACACACAACAUGAGAAGAUUUAAGACACCCAUGAUGAGGCAAAUCUCAAGCCCCAGUUUGAGCAAGGACCUGCCACGGCAGUUCCCGAAGAUUGCUCUAAGUGAUGUGGAUGAGGAAGUUCGACUACUGGCAGAGAAGGUGUACGCUUCGGUGCUCAAGGAAGAGGACAGUAAAGAUGCCAUGUCCUUGUACACGGUCUCUGAGGACUGUCCUAUCGGCAUACAGGAAGCCAAAGAGAGAGAGCUGCUCAGAGAACUCGCUGAGCAACAGUCGGAAGAAAGUGCCAAGCGGAAGAAGAGUCUACAGAUUAUUAGAUCCCAGUCAAUGUCACUGCAAAUCCCAAUGAGUACAGACAGUGUGGUGACCCCCAUCGUGCCUCCUGGAUCUACUUGCCCCUUGAUGCCACAAAUAUUUCCAGAUUUUCAAAGAGUCAUCAUCAGUGGAGACUACUGCGCUGGGAUAACGGUCGAGGACUACGAGCAAGCAGCUAAGAGUCUUCUCAAAGCACUGUUUAUUCGAGAAAAAUACUCGAAGCUGGCAUAUCACCGCUUCCCUCGGGCCACCUCACAGUUUCUGCAUAACGCUGCGGAUGAAACGUGGAGAGAAGAGGAUGAAAUCCUGCCAGAUCUCUGCCCUUGCCCCGGUGAAGGAGAGGACCCUUAUAGCAUGGAGAAUAUUCCAGAAAACCUCAAUUAUGAGUUGAAGAUGAAGGAUGGCAUUAUUUAUGUGUAUGAAAACAGUGAAGCUCUGAGCAUGAACAAACCACACUGUCUGCCUUACCCAGACCUGGAGACAUUCGCCAUAGACAUGAGUCACGUGCUCGCCAUGAUCAUCGACGGGCCCACGAAGACCUACUGCCACAGACGACUAAACUUUCUCGAAUCGAAGUUUUACUUGCACGAAAUGUUGAACGAAAUGGCAGAGCUGAAGGAACUCAAGAGCGUUCCUCACAGAGAUUUCUACAAUGUCAGAAAGGUGGACACGCACAUCCAUGCAGCGGCCUGUAUGAGCCAAAAACACCUUCUUGAUUUCAUCCAGACCACCUAUAAAUCUGACGCGGACAGGGUCGUGUUGGAGAAAGCCGGGCAGAAACUAACUCUCAAACAAGUGUUUAAUAAUUUGAACAUGGACCCUUACGAUCUCACCGUGGACUCCUUAGAUGUUCAUGCUGGCAGACAAACAUUUCACCGCUUCGACAAAUUCAACUCCAAAUACAAUCCGGUAGGAGCCAGCGAGCUGCGGGAAAUCUACUUGAAGACCGACAAUUACAUCAAGGGGGAGUAUUUUGCACGCUUGAUCAAGGAGGUAGCACAUGAUCUGGAGGAGAGCAAGUAUCAGCACGCUGAACCACGACUGUCCAUCUACGGACGCUCCACUGAGGAGUGGGAUAGCCUCUCUAAUUGGUUCAUUCAGCAAAAAGUCUACUCGCCAAACAUGCGCUGGGUCAUUCAGGUUCCGAGAAUAUAUGACAUUUUUAAAUCACGUAAGCUGGUUCCUAACUUCGCCAAGAUGCUCGAGAACAUUUUCCUUCCUCUGUUUGAAGCAACGGUGAACCCUCAGAACCACAAAGAGCUCCAUGUAUUUCUAAAAUAUGUGACUGGCUUUGAUAGCGUGGAUGAUGAAUCCAAGCACAGCGAUCAUAUGUUUUCUUAUAAGAGCCCUAAACCUGAGCAAUGGACAACAGAUGACAACCCGCCCUAUAGCUACUACCUCUUCCACAUGUAUGCCAACAUCAUGGUGCUCAACAACCUCAGGAAGGAACGUGGCCUUAGUACGUUUCAGUUUCGUCCUCACUGUGGUGAAGCCGGGUCCAUCACUCAUCUGGUUUCGGCUUUCCUCACCGCAGACAACAUCUCUCAUGGCUUAAACCUUAAGAAGAGUCCUGUGCUGCAGUACCUGUAUUAUCUUGCUCAACUGCCCAUCGCUAUGUCCCCGCUGAGUAACAACAGCCUGUUUUUGGAGUACUCAAAGAAUCCUUUAAAAGAGUUUCUACACAAGGGCCUGUGUGUGUCGCUCUCCACAGAUGACCCUAUGCAGUUUCACUACACAAAGGAGGCUUUAAUGGAGGAGUACGCUAUCGCAGCCCAGCUGUGGAAGUUAAGCACAUGUGACGUGUGUGAGAUUGCCAGGAACAGCGUACUACAGAGCGGCCAUUCCCACGAGGAGAAGAAGCACUUCAUCGGGGUGAAUUACCUGAAGGACGGGCCCGAGGGAAAUGACAUCCGGCGGACCAACGUCGCGCAGAUCCGAAUGGCCUACAGAUACGAGACGCUGUGCAAUGAACUCAGUUUCCUAGUGGAUGCUGUAAAAUCAGAAGUCAAUGGUUCACAGUAACCUUUCAAAACAGAUCUGCAGGCUCUCUGUGCCUAUUUAUGCAUGGUCACUGUUUGUUUAGGAUUGAAUCAAAGGAACCCUAAUGUAAUUAUUAUAAACGAAUCUUGCCCUGCUUUUCAGAGAUGAUGUGUGCUUGUUUUAAUGUGAAGUGGGUGUUUCGCAAUGGGUGUGAUGUAACAUGACAUUACAUUCACUUGGCUUUGUCUCCCCCAAGUGGAGAUUUAUGGCUCAAAACAUGUAUGUGCAGGUGAAAUAGAGAUGUUUGCUUGUUUCUCUAUUUAUCUGCCAUAUCAGACAUUACUUAAAAAAUGCUUACUGUAUAAUCACAGGUGUGAAUACGGUAUGAAGACGUAAGGUUAUGCCAGAGCUCUUGUCUAGCAGAUCAAUGUGUUGCUUGUAUAGUAACAUCAUUGAAAUGCAGCAGCUUUUUGGUUUUUAUUCCCCCAAAUUCUCUAUUGCUUCCCAAAUGUCAAUGAUAAAAAAAUAAACAAAACAUAGACUGCAAAACCAUUACACAUAAUUAGCGUUAAACUGAAUGUAGCAUGUAGAAUUGUGUUUAUAAACAGAGAAAAAUAUAUAUAUUGUUUGACUUAUUUUGUAUAUUAUAUAGUAUAUUAAUAUUGUUUGGAAAUUGUACUUUUGUUUGACACGGUGCCUGUAAUGUAUGUAAUAGAAACAAGAAAUUAAGAAAUAACACUGAAAAAUA